GUGUGCGUGUGUGUGCGUAUGGGUCUAGCCUGAUUGCGCGCCGCCUCUCCAUCAGUGAGUGUGCACUAGUAUCCGCAAAGCCGCUGCUGCUCCUCUCCAGACGCGCAGUACCAUCCACAAACUUUGAUGAGCUCAAACCUUCACUAAGGCAACUAAACGAGACGGGGUGAAUUACUACUGAGAGAACACAUUUUGUUAAUUAUAUCUGACAGGGUGCGUCCGAUAAUUCGGGUUGAUUAAGGUGUCACAAUGGAAGGCACUCCGGUUGAAAUUUUCAAGGGAGACAACGUGUGCCUGUCCACACUGCUGCAAGACUGUCCAUUGAAUUCUUCGUCCUGGGUGUCCGGAUUCUCAGACACCCGCAAUGUGACCAGUGAUGGCAGCUGGGAGCCGGAGAGCAUGUCUCCCAUCAUCCCCAUCAUCACUGCAGUCUACUCAGUGGUGUUUGUCGUUGGCUUGUUGGGCAACUGCCUCGUCAUGUAUGUCAUUAUUAGGUACACAAAGAUGAAGACAGCCACCAACAUUUACAUUUUCAACCUAGCACUUGCUGAUGUUUUGCCUUUCCAGAGUGUCAACUACCGGAUGGGAACCGGGCCGUUUGGGGCCAUGUUGUGCAAGACAGUGAUCUCCAUCGACUACUACAACAUGUUCACCAGUAUCUUCACACUCACCAUGAUGAGUGUAGAUCGCUAUGUGGCUGUGUGCCACCCAGUGAAAGCCCUGGACUUCCGCACUCCCGUCAAAGCCAAGAUGAUUAACGUGUGCAUCUGGAUCCUGUCCUCGGCUGCAGGGAUACCUGCCUUUGUUCUAGGUGGCACCCAGACAAACAGUGACAUAACCGAGUGUGCCUUACAGUUCCCAGAGCCGUAUGUAUACUGGGACACACUGAUGAAGAUUUGUGUGUUUGUCUUUGCCUUUGUUGUGCCUGUGCUCAUCAUCACUGUGUGCUACUCCCUGAUGGUCCUGAGACUGAAGAGUGUGCGCAUGUUGUCUGGCUCACGGGAGAAGGAUCGUAACUUGCGCCGGAUCACCAGACUUGUAGUGGUUGUGGUGGCUGUGUUCGUGGUCUGCUGGACUCCUAUUCACAUCUUCAUCUUGGUUAAGGCGCUUGUGAGUGUGCCCGAGACUACUGCCAUCAUGGCCGCGUAUUUCUUCUGUGUGGCUCUGGGCUACACCAACAGCAGCCUCAACCCUGUGCUCUAUGCCUUUUUGGAUGAGAACUUCAAACGCUGCUUCAAAGACUUCUGUCUCUCAGCCAAACUGAAGGGGGAGAAGGUGUCAGGGAGCAAAAAGGGCCCCAGCACUAUCCAGGAGGCCGCUGUUCCCCUGGAGAACCCAGAUGAGACUAGUAGGCCGACAUGACUAGCAGUGGAACUGUCGUCAAUUUCCCACAUCGGGAAAGAAGACUCGCAUGACUUGGGCCUAACCCAUGUCACGUCAGUAAUGUAGACUGUAGUUCAGACCCUUUUAUUGUUGAUACAUUUUCAUUAUUACAGGACUUAUCUUGUGCCAAUAAUGUGAUUUCAUUUCAGAAAUUAAGUGAAAGUUAUAACUGUAUAUAUAUCACAUAACUGUAUGACAACAGCUUCAUCCUCAUCCCCUCUGCUGACUGUUGCCAUUUAUUAUUUAAAUUUGCAGGUGCAUGCAAACAGGGAGAUUGUUUUGUUUGAACAGGAAAGACCAUAAGGUCGUCUUCAACAGCUUUUUAAAAUCAUUCCUAAAUAUUUGCAAGAAAGUGCUGCUCAUUAAUGAUACUAAUUACAGAGCCGCAAAUGAUUAGUCAGUUCAUUAAUAAGUUAAUUAACAAAGUGAAUCUGCAGCUGCUUUGAAAAUCAAAUAACCAUUUAGGUUAUUUUUGGGUGUUGGAUUGUUUGUCAGACAAAACAAGACAUUUAAAGAUGUCACCUUGGGAUGUUAGAGUUUAUAGAAGCCCUUUUUUUAAAAGUAAAAACUUUUUAAAAGUUUAAUAGACAAAAAAGAUCAGGAAGAUAAUGAAUUGCUAUUAAAUAAUCAUUUUUAGUUUAGUUACUUGAAAGUGUCCCAAACAACACUUCAUAAGAAGUCAUUAGAAUAUAUUUACAUACUUUACGCAUCAGUGUUUUUAUAAUUUUGAUUUAUUUAAUUGAAUUUUCUUUAUGUCUCUCUCCUUUUACUUCUUCCCCUUCACUUUGGCUGAGAGUCAUUUCGUCCUGUAUUUUUCUAUUGCCAAACGUGCCUUUAAUAGUCCAGGGUAUGUCAUCUUUGUAGCAACAGGAAAUGAUUUAGGAACAGUACUUCAUGUAUAAAAUGUUUUUAUAGAACAUGCCUGUGACAGCUGCUUGAAUCUCUGACAGCAGAUACGUGUCAAAAUCCUUUUCACCUCUUAAAGGGUUUGGAUUGUGCUGAUCCUGACUCAUUUAAGAAAAAAACACUCAGUUGCACCUAAGCAGGUUUAUUUAAAAGAAA